AUGCCUUCGUUCCUUGUUAUUGAUGCUGGUAUGAUCGGCUUAUCCACCGCGCUCGAGCUCCGAACCCGGUAUCCUGGGUCAGAUAUUGUGAUCGCGGCCAAAUACCUCCCUGGCGAUUCUGCCCCUGACUACACAUCGGCCUGGGGAGAGUCAAGGGUUCAGCCCAUGAACAUUCGAUGGAAUUACGAGCGCCCGAUCGAUGAAGUUGGUAUCAAAACUCCGGAAACGGGGAAGGUUUGGUUUGAAGAGUUCGUCGGGGGCCUGACCAAGAUUGAUGAGAAGGACCUUCCCGAGGGCACAAGCUUUGGAUUUGAAAUGGCUAGUUUUGUCAUCAAUGUACAGAGAUAUCUCCCGUGGUUACAAACUGAGGCGGAGAGGAGAGAGAUCUACAUCCAUAGACGUAUCUUUGGGCAUAUUCAAGAGGCCCUGGACCUAUACCCUCAAGUCAAUGCGGUCUUCAAUUGUACAGGCAUUGGAGCUCUAACCUUAGGUGGAGUUGAAGACAAGGAGAUCUUUUCCGCGAGGGGACGAAUCAUGCUGGUCCAAGGACCCGAGAAGCCGAUCGAAAAAAUGUACUUUCGCGCUCCUCACCGUGAUGGUGAAGCAACCCACAUAUUUCCACGUGGGGAACGUGGAGGAGUUAUCUUAGGAGGCUGCCGACAGAAAGAUAAUUGGGAUGCGGAAAUCGAUAUGGAGUUCGCAGAGGUUAUUAAGAGACGAUGCUGUGCUCUUGUUCCUCAACCGGGCAAGCCUGAAGACCUUAAAUUAAUCAAACACGGUGUUGGAUUCCGACCGGGUCGAGAUGGCGGCGCUCGUAUCGCACCUGAGACGAUCAACGGCAGGCUUGUUAUCCAUAACUACGGCGCAGGAGGAACUGGGUUUCAGGCAGGCUGGGGAAUGGCACAAUAUGCCGUGGAUUUGCUAUCGGACCGCGCAAGAAUAUAA